UGAAAAUUUCUCUUUUCUUUUUGUGUUUCUCCAUUUGCCAAUCGAACCUCUUCAGAUCUUCACUGGCCGGUGAGGGGAGACAAAUCAAUGGAAUCGUAAUCCCUCGCUAUAACGAACGCUUGUUCUUGCUUCAUCCCAUCUUCAGGUACUCCCGAGCUGUCCCAGUGUCAGUUAAUCUCUCCUUAGAUUAAAAAUUUUUGCAAAUAUAAAUCUUAGUUUCAGAUCCUUUGAGUGUUGUUUUCAGUUUCUGCGAAGUGGGUUUCCUUGCAAUUACUGUUAAGAGUCUGCAUCUUGUUUGGAUCUACUAGUUUUUGGUUCGUGGGCGCUGCAUUUCGCCUAAUUUCAUUGUCUCCUCACAGACUACUGAAUCAUUUUGAUUUAUUCACGAUCGGAUUGGAACACUACCCAGUUUUUCCCAGUCUGUAUGUAAUCUACGCACUUACAUCAGGGAGGAAUUUCAGAUAGUAUAGCAAUUUCAGAUCGAUCAUGUUUUGCCCUUUUGCAGAAAAACCUAAUUUUCUCUCAUAAUAGGACAUCCAAUUGAGAAAAUAUGGUGAGGGAACUGAGAGUUGAAUCUUUCUAUAAAUGCUUACGAGAGGCAGUUUCUGCUUCAUCUUCUUCUCCUCUGUUGAUAUUUCCAUCAACCUCUGAUGUUGACUCUCUUUGUGCCCUCAAGAUCAUCUUCAACAUACUCGAAUCUGAUUCAAUCAAAUACGCUUGUUACCCUGUUUCCUCAUUUAAGGAAAUCCACAAAUAUGCAGGCUCUAGCCUAUGCUCCUCCUCCAGUCAGCCCGUGUCUCUCGUACUCAUAAAUUGGGGAUGUCACAGGGACCUAAGGCGUGUUCUUGAUUUAGGGGCAGGUGCUCGUGUUUUUGUGGUUGACAGUCACCGGCCUAUUCAUCUCCACAAUCUCAGUGAUCAGAAUGAUAGGGUUAUUGUUCUUUACACUCAAGAUGAUGAGCAUCAGGGUGAUUUGACAUACGACUUUGAUGUCUCCACUGUGGCAAAUGCAUCGGAUUUGAACAGUGACGAUGAGGUUGAUGAGAUUUCUGAUAGUGAUGAUGACAGUGAGAGUGAAAAUGAGGAGGGAGAUGCCUCAGGGUCACGGAAGCGGAGAAGGGUUUCUGAAGAAACAGAAUUAGAUCCAUUAAAACUCUACAGGAAGCUGAAAAAGGAGUAUUACAGCUUGGGUACUUUCCAUGGAAAGCCGUCAGGUUUUCUUAUGUUUGAUCUUUCACAUGCUCUUAGAAAAAACACAAAUGACUUGCUUUGGUUAGCUUGUGUCUCUUUGACUGAUCAGUUUGUCCAUGAGAGACUCACGAAUGAGAGAUAUCAAGCUGGUGUGAUGGAGCUGGAGCAGCACAUUAACAGCUCCGGGAAUUUGGAUGCGAUAACUUCAGUAACCCUCAAAGACGGGACAAAGAUUCGAGCUCCUGAUGCCUCUAGAAUUGCAUAUGAAGAUGAACCACGGCUCAUGCUAUUGAGGGAAUGGAAUUUAUUUGAUUCAAUGUUGUGUUCUUCCUACAUGGCGACCAAGCUGAAGACCUGGAGUGACAAUGGUUUGAAGAAGCUUAAGCUUCUACUAGCUCGAAUGGGAUUUGCACUUGUUGACUGCCAGCAGAAGUUCCAGUACAUGAACCUCGAAGUGAAACGAAAAAUGAAAGAUGAGUUUGAGAGGUUUCUCCCUGAGUAUGGGCUUACAGAGUUCUACUACCGAAGCUUUUUACGACUUCAUGGGUAUAGCUCGAAGGUAUCUGCUGCUGAUGUGGUAUACGGGGUUACCGCAUUGCUCGAAUCUUUCAUAGAAUCUGAUGGUUCCUGUGCUUCUGAACAGUUUGGGGUAGCCUAUGAUGCAUUGUCAUUGAAUAAUCUUGACAAGUUGAGGCAGGGAAUGCAAAAUGCAAUAAUGAUACAAAGGGCUAUCCUAAGGCAAGGAAGUAUAGCUAUAACUAAAAGUGGAUCUAUCAGAAGUGGAAGGAAAUUCAGGUGGAUGAAACUUGAAGAUCCUGCAGACACCAAAUUGCUUGGUUACCCUCAAGCAUUGACAAAAUUCAGCUACUUCCUGAUGGAUGCUUUGCGUGAAAAGGGUGCAAAGAUGAAGCCUUUGAUCUGUGCUUGCUUAUCUCAAGAACCCAACAAAGUUUUAAUUGUUGGGGUUUGUGGGAAGCCACGUCUCGGAGCAGUCCAAGGGAAUGCAUUUGGGGUUGCUUUUAGAGCUGCAGCUGAGCAGGUUGGGGCCAAGUUCUUCCAUGAGUUGUUUGAAUCUUCUUGGAUAGUUUUGGAUGCAGUUUCUGUUAAUUCUUUCAUGAUCAGGUUGACUGAGAGGCUCUGAUGUAUGGUUCAUCUAAAGUGUUAACUGAUUGCCAACAUUUUUAUGUGACCUCCAGUUUCCAGAUAUUUCAGCAGAGCUUCCUCUCUUUGAUGUUGUACUUUAACAUCCCCUUCCAUUCUUUUUACUUUCAUUUUCUCCAUCAAUAAGUAGAAUUCUGGAGACGAAACUCCAACAUUUGAGUGUCGCAUCCAAAUAUAUUUAUUGAUCCUGAAAUGCCCAAGUGAUUUGUACUACCAAAUAUGUUUAUUGAUUCUGGAAUGUCCAAGAAAUUUGUAUUGACUUCUUUUUCUCUUUGUUUUUA